GUUGAUAAAACAGCCACUAGCGAGUACGCGCGUAAAAUUCAGAGACUUUCGGAUGUGGUUGAUGAGUUUAAAUUGGUAUCGCCUGUAUCUCGUGCAUUUUCGCAAGCGCGUUUUGUUAAACAUGCACAUCAAUCUCAAGAAGAAAAAAAUAAAGAGAAUCAAUUGGAAUUAAAAAUGGUUAGACAGGCUGAAAAAGAAUUAAAAGAGGAACUUAUGCAGCCACCCACGCACUCACUUAAUACUGAGCCUGAUAAUAUGAGAACGUAUAACGAAAAAAGGAUGGACACAUCAAAUAUUGAAACUGUUCUGCAACAUCACCGGAAAACGCAAGACGAACUUACAAAUGAAUUAGUAAAAAUGGCAGGAAAAUUAAAAAUGAAUUCAGUGACGUUUGGUGAUAUAUUGGCCAAAGAUGUGAAGGUUCACGAGGCCCAAAGCUCUCUUGGUAUUAAUUUAGAUCGAUUAAAAAAGGAAGGAGCCAGAUUGGGAGCGUAUGCUGCACAAUCCGGCAAAACUACAUGGCUGGUGUGGGGAGUUUCUUCGGAAGGAAAAGAUCCAGGGAUUGAUGGAAAGGAGUAUACCCUCGAAUUGGAUGAUGGCCUAGGGAUGCUUUCAGAGUUAAGAUACGCCUAA